AUGGCGGCAGCACGCGGGACAGCAUGGCUCCGGGAUUAUUUGGCGGCGGCCAAUCUCCCGGGAGCCACUUCAGAAGGGACCAGUGACGGCAGGUCGCGGAGGCGGUCUAGGCCUCCGGUUCGCUUGUCACCAGAAAUCGGGAACAGCGGUGUCGGUGCCCCCCGGCGGGGGGGAGGGUCCAAAGCUGUGGCGGUUGAACAGAGGAGAAGUCGUGAAAGGCCGGUACGGAGGUCGUUGGAAGGAGUGCAAUCUGAGGAGGCGGCUAACCGGACCGGUUCUACGGCAGGUAGGACAAUUGAAGGGAGUGGGCUGGGCCUUUAUCAUAUGGGUGAAAUGUCGUUGUCAGGGCAGAAUUUAGGAGCAUCAGGAGUAUUUGAAUUGGUUAGGGAUCCUUUAACCAUUCGCACUUGUCAGGAGAGGUCUGCGGCAAAGGACUUAAAUCCUGUUGCCUCACAUGAAAUGCGGGAGCUGGUUGAAGGGGAUAGUGAAGGCACAAUAUUAGCUUUGGAGAGGGAUAAAGUGGGGGCUGCAAAAAAGGCUGUUUUUAAAGGUUUGGAUGUUAAUGAAGGGGUUAUAGGGAGUAUUAAGGAGAGUCAGUCUGUACAGGGAGUUUCUAGGAGGGGGUUAAAAAGUGUGAGGAAGUCAGUAAAAGGUAAUAGAUCAGGUAAGGUUCAAAUUGAAGCGGGCUGUGGGGUGGGGAGAGGUAGUGUGGGGCAAUUAAACAGUGAAGGAAAAAGUUAUAAUGUAAAAGGGGUUUGCAUGAGGGGAAAGGGUAAAAGCAAUUUGAGGGGGGGAAAGCAAUCUGGUAAAGGUAAGGGAAAAAAGGAAAAUAGGGGAAUUGAUGUAUUGUGUUUAUCUCCUGCAGGUUUAGUUCAGGAAGGAAGGGCCCAGGUGGGCGGUGGGACAGAUAUUUCUGUUGUUCCGUCAGGGCAUGACAUGGAGGGAGAUGCAUUGUGUUUUGAUUAUACAUACAGUGAUUUGGAUAUGGAAGAUCCCGGGGAAGGCACCUCAGCGGGACCGGUGGUUCAACGGCAGAUACGGCCUCACGGUAGGGAUACCCGUGAGCGCCACAGUCCUAGGAGGUCUGGUGAUGUACGGCGUCGUGGUAGAUCCCGGUCGCCUAAAGAGAGAGUGCGGCAUCGUCAGGAAAGGCGUUCUCCUACAUGGGGAAGGUUGGAAAGAACUGCGGAAAGGAAUGGGAGGAGGAGAAGAUCUAGGUCAUCUUCGCACAGACGGAGGGCGCAGAGGACUCGGGAACAUGUAAUUAGGCCUCAACCAGCGGUGAUUGGAGCAGAACAGGCGAGGGAAUCUGGAGCAGCUCAGCCAGCUACGGCGCCCAGGCCCACAGUGGGAAAGGUUCUGGGAAGUGGCUCCAGAUGCGGAGAAGGAGGGUGUUGGAUGUCCGCCAGAGCUGUGGGAUCUGAAAUCCUGGAUCUAAUCCGUUUUGCCAGGGGAGCACUAGCUCAAGGUCCAGUACAUUGUUGGAUUGUGGGGCAUUCUUACAUUUAUUGGGCCCGGAAGGCAGCAGCAAGUACAGAUCAGGGAACACAGCUGAAGAUGAAUGAGGAGACAGUGAAGUUGAGGUGGUUUGGGACUAGAGGAUUGAGGUGGGACCAAUUGUUAAAAAAGAUUGUUGAUUAUGCUAGGCUAUUUCGGCCUCCAGCGAUUCUAAUUGUACAUGCAGGUGGGAACGAUUUAGGUUUUCUAUCACAGAAGGAUUUGCUGGACAGAAUUAAGAGGGAUUUGGUUAGGUUGCGGGAGUUGUUCCCUGAUAUGGUAAUAGUAUGGUCUGACAUUGAACCCAGGUCAGUCUGGAGAGCAGCAUGGGAUGUGAAGAAGCUGGAGGCCUCUAGAAAAAAGGUGAAUAGAUCAAUUAGUAGUUUUGUUUGUAGGAUUGGGGGGUUUGGCAUUCGCCAUGUUGAAUUCGAAGGGGAGACUGGGCGUUGUUUCUUUUUAAAGGAUGGUGUGCAUUUGAAUGAGGUGGGGCUCCACCUCUUUAACUUUAACAUCAAAGAAGCAGUGUUAAAGGCCUUAGCCGUGUGGGGUAGGCACGCAGUGGCGUGCUGUGGCGGGGUGAUUUAG